GUCACUUCUCAACAUUCCAUUCUACUCUAGCGGAUUUUGGUAUGAGUGAUCAUGGAGUUCAAUAGUUUAUUUGUGUUUGUAUUUCGGUCUGUGAAGAGACUUUGGUUUGAAGCUCAUUCUUUACCUGACUUCCUUGUUUUCACGAAAUCCAGAGAUAUUCAUACUUGGGUCGAGAGUUUCUGCUUUGUUGCGGGAAUAUGAGUGACGCUUCUGAAGACGGGGAGAAGGUUGGAAAGGGUGAGCAUGUGGUUGCGAGUUUGAGAAGUAAUUCCGUGGCAGACAAAACGGCGUUUCUGGCUAGUUUCACGGCGGAAGAGGAUAGGGCUAUCAUGACAAAGGUUGACUGCAGGUUUCUCUGGCUUAUCGAGCUGAUGUAUCUCAUUAAAAAUGUAAGUUACUUGCAAACUGGCCAGAGCUAGAGGAAAACUGACUUCAAUAUAGAUUGAUUAUACAAAUGCAGCUUCUGUCAAGGUCCUGCAAGUAGGGCAACCGACGAAUAUUCUGAAGCAAUUAAAUAUGAAGUCUAACCAAUACAACUGGGUCCAAUCAAUUUACUUCGUCUGUUUCCCCAAGCAUCACUUUUUCAACUCACUAACAAACAGCCAGAUCGCAUACAUCAUCUUCGAAAUUCCCUCUAAUUUGCUCCUCAAAAAAGCCACACCACGCAAUUGGCAAUUCCGUAUUAUCUUCUCCUGGGGCGUUGUGCUAGCCUGCCACGCCGCCGUAAAAUCCAAAGAAGGCCUUUACACAGCACGUUUCUUCCCUGGUAUGAUGGAAGCUGGUAUAUUCCCAGGAGUCGCAGCACAACUCUGUUCCUGGUACCGCAGCGACGAGGUGGGCAAGCCUAUUAUGUGGAUGUUUAGAUUCCAAAACUGUGCUGGCAUUGUGGGAUCCUUACUCGCUUACGGUAUCUCGUAUCUGGAUCAGAAAGGAGGGAUGAGUGCUUGGCAGUGGGUUUAUCUUCUUGAGGGUAUAGGGACAAUUUUCUUCAGCGGGGUGGUAUAUUUUGUGUUGCCAGAUUACCCCAAGAGUGAGGGGAGUGGGAAGUGGUUGUCGAUUCGAGAGCAGGAGUAUCUCGAACUUCGGAUUUCCGAAAACGCACCUAAGACAGAAGACUCGGCCUUCACGAAGAAGGAAAUUUGGGCUUCGAUAAGAGAUCCUAGGACGUACGGGUUUAUGCUUUCUCAGUUACUCAUAAAUCUUGGUGGUUAUGGAUUACAAUGGCAACUCCCCACCGUUACCACUUCUCUCGGUUUCGCGGGUUUACCGAGAAAUCAGUUACUCAAUAUCCCACCUGCUGCUGCUACCGUCCUAGCUAUCAUUUUUGCUGGCUGGUUCUUGAAGCGAGCGUAUAUUACAAGGCCAGCUAUGAUAAUGGGGAUAUGCACCAGUGCACUGGUAUUCUUCAUCAUACUAGCAAGUACAACAGAGAGAGUACCAGUCUACAUUGCCGUCGUCUUCGGAACAAUGUUUUACUCCGUAUUUUUCAUUCCGUUCUGGGCUUGUACAUGCACCCGUCCUCCUUCCCCCCUUCUUUCCACUUCUAACAAAAAGUAGGGCGCUCCUCAACCCUCACAGGAACAACGGGAACAGCAUUCACCCUUGCCUUCCAAAGCUGCGUUGGGCAAGUCGGCGGUGUCGUCGGACCCCAGUUAUUCCAGGAGAAAUACGCGUACAACGGUUAUAAGGUUCCUUUUGCUAUUUGUGCUGCGGCUAUUGGAUUAAGUGGAGUGACCAGUGCAUGGACAUGGUUCUUGACGAGGAAUGUUGAGUGGGAUGUUUUGAGGGUUAGGAGACUAAGGAUCAAGGCUGAGAGAGAAGGAUGUGUAUUUACUGGCGAUGAUGUCAGAGUUUUUGAGGAGAGGGUUUUUUAUGAUGGACUUGGGAAGAAAGAGGCUUUGUGAUUUUGACGUCGUAUUGAGGGGGUUGGGCUGACAUGAGGAACUUUAUGGAAGUUAUUGUGUCAUUGAUAUACUUGAGCAAGAUAAGAUUGCAAGAAAUUUGUAUAUUCUUUCGCCUAGGUCAAUAAGAAGACAUACGCCAGAAUUCUC